AUGCUUUUCAAGUCCUAUCGCCUGCUGCUCCGCAGCUCCCCGGAUCUCACCUCGAUGGCCAAUCCCUCCGACUCUUCCAUGUCCUCGGCCUUGUUUGACGCCAUGAACAAUCACUCCUCGCACCCCGACUUCGGUCACCUCAUUCUGCUGGUCUUUGAGGCCGUCCUGGAAGUCGUCUGCGUCAGUUUACCGGGCUACAUUAUCGCCCGCCAGGGCAUGUUCGACGCCAAUGCCCAGAAGUUCAUCGCCAAUCUCAACGUCCAGCUCUUCACGCCGUGUCUUAUCUUCACCAAGCUCGCCUCGCAGCUGACCGCUGAGAAGCUCAUCGACCUUGCUAUCAUUCCCGCCAUCUUCGUCGUCCAGACACUCGUGUCAUGGGCCUCCGCCCUCAUCGUCGCCCGCCUGUUUGGCUUCAAGAAACAAAGGCCGAAGAACUUUAUUACCGCCAUGGCUGUCUUCGGCAACUCCAACUCGCUGCCUAUUUCACUUGUCCUUUCGCUUUCCAAGACAAUUUCAGGCCUCCACUGGAGCGAGGUUCCCGGAGACAAUGACGACGAGGUUGGCGCGCGUGGUAUUUUGUACCUUUUGAUCUUCCAGCAGCUGGGACAGCUCGUUCGUUGGAGUUGGGGCUAUCAGGUCCUCCUCAAGCCCGCCAGCGAAUACCCUGACGAAGAUGCGGGAGUGAACGCCGCCUUGGAGCGGGGUGACUUCGAUGACGCCAGCUCCAUUGAGCGCCGCAACCUUCUCGACGAAGACGAGGAUGAGGACGACGACAGCGAACUUCGCUCUGCCAGCCCCGUUCCUGAGUCUUCCUUCGCCUCGGGUGCCAUCACCCCUGUGAACGAUAACCAGCGUACCAGCGGCGAUGUCUCUCGUGCUUCGUCUACGUCGAACCUGACAAAGAGAUAUGCCAGGGAUGAGGCCAAUGGCAAGCUUAGUGCCACCCCCACGAACGGCAACGUUGUCACUGCUGGCCCGGGCAACCUGGUCGCCCACAGCGCAGAAAGCGAAAGCGCAAAUGAGCCUGAGCCGGAGAUUCCGAAGGGCUACAAGGGUUGGCCAAGGCGUUCGAAGCUCUGGAUCAAGCAAAAGCUGUGCUCCGCUGGCAAGUCGAUCCGUGCUACUUCUUGCAAGGCUUUCCGCGCUCUUCCCCAGCCUGUGCAGACGGCAUUCUCCAAGAUUGGUUCCGGCAUCCGGAGGUUCAUGGACGGCGUCUGGGACUUCAUGAACCCGCCGCUCUGGGCCAUGCUUGCCGCUCUCAUCGUCGCUUCGGUUCCUGCGCUUCAACACCUCUUCUUCGACGAAGGCACUUUUGUGAAUACCUCGGUCACCCGGGCAGUCAAGCAGUCGGGUGGAGUUGCCGUUCCUCUGAUUCUUGUCGUCCUUGGCGCCAAUCUUGCGCGAAACACUCUGCCCGAGGCCAGUGCUCAGGAUCUCGAGGAUGCCAAGGAUGAGAAGAAGCUGCUUUACGCGUCGCUCAUCAGCCGUAUGCUCCUGCCGACCAUCAUCAUGGCGCCCUUCCUGGCGCUGCUUGCCCGCUACGCUCCCGUCAGCAUCAUUGGCGACCCUAUCUUCAUGAUCGUUUGCUUCUUGCUCAGCGGUGCUCCCAGCGCGCUGCAGUUGGCUCAGAUCUGCCAGCUCAACAACGUUUACAUGGGCGCAAUGAGCAACCUCCUUUUCCAGAGCUACGUGGUUUGGAUUCUCCCGUCUACGCUAGUGCUCGUCAUGCUUGCGCUGGAGACUGUCGAAUGGUCUACUGGCGCUUAA